AUGAGAAUUCCUGUACGAGAUACAAACCGCGUUACCAAGCGCAAAUCUACACCAAGAAAUGACUGGACAGAGGCUGUCAAGGAAAAGAUUGUACAGUUCUUCACUGGCCAAUCACUUGUUUCUGGUUCAAUUGCUGAUGAAAAAAAGUCAGCGCAGAGCGCCGCUCGUCUAGAUGCCCUCGAAUGCACCGGAUGUGAGGAUCUGCACAUUAUUCCAUAUAUGAUGAAUGCAGACAUUGCUGCAGGAUCAUAUGUCACCUCGGAGUACCCACCUUUCUUUGCCACCAAAGGCACACCGGAAGAUAAUAUACAUCCCUUCGACACAGACACCUUAGCCCACCAAAGCAAUUAUGUGACUUUCUGGGAAGAUGUCACCCCCAUCGAACAACAUCAUUACUACAAGAAGAUUGACACUAUUCUUAAAAAAGCCGAGACUGAGUUAGGUAAGCCAAUAGACGAAGCCGCUGUUCUUUUCGCCCACUACCAGGUCGAUUUCCACAUCCGCCAACACUACCUCGGUCCGCGAAGUUUCCUGCAUCUAUGCCGCUCAAAGGAUGAUGUUAGGGAGCUGACCCACUGGCAGUGGAAGUGCGCUGUGGCAGAGGAGACAGCGCUUUCAGAAUUCUCCAACUGGGGUGUGGGAUGGGUGCAUGAGCCGAGCAACUCGAUCGGCCGUCAGAUUGCGGUCUGGCGGAUGGGCGAAAGAAGGCGAGAGCAGCACCUCGCAGAAGUGAAAGCCCAGUGGGCCGAAAUCAACGACGAGAGACAAAAACAGAGGAUGCAGACAAUUAAAAUUUGGUUCAAGGGUGUGCAUGUUAGAACUUACAAGUAUGAGCCAUGCGGACCGUCUCCGACAGAAAAGGAGAUUAUGAAGAUUGCCAGGGACAAAGCUGCAAGUCACGAAACCUUUUUGAGCGAGUUUGACAGAUGA